GAGAACCUCACUCGGACCGGUCGCGUGCGUAAAAUCAGCUCCAAUCGUGGCACAUUAAAUCGUAUCCCCCCCAUCGCUUUGAAAGACUACAAAACCAACCAGACCGUCUGUCCAUUGUUGCGGUGUUCGUCUACGAUCGGUAGGUGACGAUCAUCCACGGUUGGCGUCAACAACGAAGGAACACAAAGACACUACGGAGGGAAGUGUGCUGUGAGUGUGUACUACCGAGGCGGUGUGCGCGUGUGUCAAAGGUUAGCGACAACCACGACGGUGCCGUUGCUGUUUCUACCACCAAGGAAUGAGUGUCUGCUGGCCGUGGCCAAAGUCUGCUGUACGGCGGUCCGCGUGAAGAACAUGCGAACACCACCGAUCACCGUUCAGUGACCGAGGUGGUGGUAGGAAACGCAAAACAUGAAACCCUUGAAACCGUGAGCGAGCGAGCGCCGCGUAGACAGGAGGACACACCAACCCAUCGUCGAGCGUGUCGUGCAAGUGCACCAAAGACACCCCCCCGCGUACUCGUUUGGCAAUUCAAUUUGGUGAGUGAGAGAUCAUCGAUCCGCGAUCGCGCAAGUACCAAUUCGAGUUCCUCUGGUUGCCUGGGCGCCAUUGAGCAAACGCGAUCCGUCCGUGAUUACAUGAUCGCGAGCGCGUCUCCAUCGGCGGUGUGGCCACACAGCAAAUCGAAAGCGAUCAGCCAGCGUAGGGGCACGAGUGUGAGUGCGUCGCUGCGUGUGUAGAUCCGGGAGAGUGAAAGAGUGUUCGUUAACCUUAGGAGCACACACCUGUGCCCUGCACAUCGACAAGACGAUCGAUCAUUAAGACGGUCCCCGCCGUACGACUCGCCGUCCCUCCUUGCCCAAAAGUCAAACCGUGACCGCUGACGUCACGGCGACACUUUAUCCAAAACCGGGCGGGCUGUUGUCGAAGUUAAAGGGGAGGGCAGAGGAGGACAAAACAAACGCUUCACUUGAAUCGCCGGUGGCCGUACGAGCAGAGAAAUCUUAAGAGUACGCGCUCUUCUACGCUUCUUUUAUCUGCUGGUGCUCAAGCGUACUCGCUGCUCAGGGCAACGCAGCAACGAAGAGCAGGUAGUUCGACCACAAAACAGCGAAGCAGAACGCCGACAGAACGUAAUCUUCUACCAGCGAGAUCUUCAGAACCACUUGUCUUGCCACAAAGAACGGGGAAGCCCACCGUGCGAACGAUGCUGAACAGUGAGACUGGUGAGAUGGAGUACGAGUCGGCCGGAGCGUACCGGGACCGGGAACGUAUCUACCUGGACAAGGAAACGGGCGAAGUUAGCAGCUAUCGACCGGAACCGGAUCCGCGGCAGCGGCGCUCCAAGUUUCUCGUACCGAAGCAAUAUCUGCGCGCUCAGAGUGGCAUUGUUGCGCGGAAACCGUCGAGCCCAUCGGCCGUACCGAGCGUGGCCUGUGCAACCCUGGCCUGCAAGCAAAAGAUGAUUCCGAUGACGAAGGAGGAGAUCACUGUUGGCUACAAUAGUAGCGCCCAUCUGAUCUACCUUCUGCCGUUGCUCUUCAUGACGCCGAAGCUGUUCGCGCUGAUCAUCACCCUCGUCGAGGUCGUCUUGCAUAUGUGGGCGCACCGGAAGAAUGCCGCAGCCGCCACCGGCGAUGGUAGCCGGCCCGACGUUUACUAUCGCAGCCCGAUGCACGUUGUGACGCGUAACUUUUGCGAGGUCUGUCGCCACGAGCGGCUCAUGGGUCGCGUCGGUAAGCUACAGGAUGUGCGGCUGAAGCAGAUGCAAAACUACUUCCGGAAGGUCACGAGAAACAUUGCCUGACAUUCCACGCGGAGCUGCCAUCGCUUGAUUUCGUUUUUUUUUCGUUUCCACGUUGCUUGUUAUCACCGCUGUAUGAUAGGUUACGCGUCGGGGUCGCCUCGCCUCUUAAGUAAGUGUUAGAGUGUGUGAGUCCCACUUUUACUGAUCAAUAAAGCAGCUACUGCAACGCCGUAGCAUACACGUGAGA